CAUAUACAUUUACACGCAAUUUUGUCAAUUUGAACCAGAAAAGGCAAAAAAUAAAUAGGACAGAAAUUGUAAAUAGAGAGAGAGUUUUCCCCGUAUUCGCAGUUACUUCCUGCUAUAAUUAUGACGCGUUCUUUUGUCAGAAAAAAAAAAUUGCAUAUAAAAACAGAUUGAACCUCGGAACCAUGGCUUCAAAUUGCUCCAAAUAAAUAAUCAUCCUCUUCAGAUAAAUUCAUAAAAGAAAAAAGGAACCGUCUUUUUGUUGUCUUAAUCUUUAAUUUCCCCGGCCUCUGCCUCAAGUCCGUCCACCCCAUGUCGAUUUCUGGUAUUCACGGUCAACUCUUGGAAGUCACCGUUGUGGGCUGUACCAAAUUGAAGGACACCGAAUGGAUUUCAAGACAAGAUCCUUAUGUUUGCCUUGAAUAUGCUAGCACUAAAGUUCGUACCCCGACUUGUACAGAUGGAGGGAAAAACCCAACUUUUCAACAGAAGUUCGUGUUCAACCUGAUUGAAGGGCUCAGGGAGAUUAAUGUUUCCGUUUGGAACAGUAAUACUAUCACCACCGACGAUUUCAUCGGCAGUGGAAAGAUUCAGCUGUUAAAAGUGCUUUCUCAAGGAUUUGAUGACAGCUCUUGGUCACUUCAGACUAAAACCGGCAGGCACGCAGGCGAAGUUCGUGUUAUAAUGCACUAUGCAAAUUCCAAUAAGCCUGCAACAAGUUAUGCUCCGUCAGCUCCUCCAUAUGGAUCGCCAGCAGCCUCUCUAUACUCUACUCCACCAAUGGCCACGGGUUCUUAUCCACCCCCACCAGCAGUUUCCUACACACCUCCGGCAGCCUAUCCCGCUCCUCAUUCUUAUUCUUCCUACCCUCCUAAUCCUACAGCUUAUCCACCACCACCAAUGUACCAUUCACAGCCACCUCCUGCUUAUCCUGGACCUCAUGGAGCACCUUCUCCUUAUCCACCAUCGCCAUAUCCACCGUCUCCAUAUGAUCCAUCUCAUUACCACACAGGUAAUUGUCUAAUGAUUAAAGCUACACACAAUGACUAAAUUUCAUGACCUUCUUUAGUGGCUGAUGUGUCACUCUUUCAUUUGUUAAUAUCAUCAUAUAAGAUGUUCUAUAAAACUUAGACAAUGAUUGGGAGUCACAUCAACCACUGCAAGAAGUAACUGAGAUUUUGUCAUUUACGAUAAUCAGCAGUGUUUCUUAACUAAAUAUAUUGUUUCUCCAUUGUGAACUGUUGAUAAAACUAAGUCUGAGGUUUACUUUUCUCUCAGGUGCAUAUCCCGGCGCCUAUCCUCCCCCUCCAUACUAAGACUCGAAGCUUGCCUUUCGUUUCGUGAAGAAAGUGUAAUUACAGCUUAGUGACAGUUCUUUUGUACUUCUUUUGCUCUGAGUUCCAAUAUGUGACAUUUGUAAAGCUUAGCAUUGACUUACAGGAGCUCUUUUUGAAGCUGAUAUUAUCUGGACACUAUGUUUGGAACUUGGAAGGGGAAGGGGUACAGGGGAUUUUACCAUGAUGACUGAUUGUUAUUCUGCCUGAUUGAGUAGCGUGUACUCGUUGUUUAUUGAUCUUUUUGAAUUGGGGUAUUUCAAGUGCGAUCCACUUUUUCUAAUCAAUUAAGUGCAAAAGGGUACGUUGUUAAUCAGCACUCCUAAUGAUUCCGGUCGAUAAAGACGUUCCUUUCGUUCCCGAACUAGCAUGAUUAACUUUGUGAAAAUUAAUACGAAUCUUUUUGGCUAAUUUCACAAUGAUUAAAGAGGCAAUUUGAGUAUCUUUUGCAGUGAUGAUUGGUUCUUGUUGAAAUAUUUGAUGAGUCCAACUAAUUCCAGCCAGAUCCACUGUCAUUUCUUUUGGUGACAAAAGUUUUGCUUAACGGGUUGGUCGUCUUUUGACAAAACUUUAUAGUAAACAUAGUUGGUCGCAUGAGCAUCAUGGGCUUAUUGACGACUUUACGUCCAUAAAUCUAACCACCUUGGGAAAAAUAAGGAGAAUCUUAGUACACAUGUGCAUCAAGACCCUUGAAUAGAGGCUAAAUAUUGGGAUAAAUCAUUCAGCAUUUGAAGCAUUUGAUCAGUAUAUAAAUAAUAAAAUAUGUAUUUCAAGCCCUAGAUGUAUGAUUUUUUUGGGUACAAUAAUAGAAAGUCUUAUUCUAGUGUUAGUACAACGCCCUAUGAUGCUUACAGGAAAACGAUGGAGUCCCCAACUCUCUAUAACCAUGUGGUUUAUUGUAAGUAACCCGCACUCAUAAUCAAAAUAAUUGUUUACUUUGAAUUUUUUUAUUUUUAAUAAAACAUAAAGUAAAAGUGAAAAUUUAAAAUGGACAAUCAUUUGGAGACGAAGACAAUAUUUAAUAUUUCCUCUUGUCGUUAUUAUAAAGCAUAACCUAACACUAAAGUUGGUUCAAAUUUGUGUUUUGUAAGAUUUGUUACAAAUUUGACAGGUAAAACACACGUUUAAUCGCUACCAUUAGUGUCUCGCCUAAUUAAGCAGUUCCUUAGCAUGCUCCUAGCAAGUCUACCUAGAGUUCCUUUAUGAAUUAGUCAUACAUACCAAGUAAAACACAUCACAUUGUGUACUACUAUAGAUAAAAGGGGGCAUUCGUCACUGUCUUGAUCAUAGCUUCGAAGUUAAGGAGUACACAGAAACUAUAUACACAGUUUAGGAGCAUGAUGCUCUUCUCAGAAUCAAGC